AUGUUCCAUGGAUUGCCAAGUGAAGACCCCAUUGACCACCUUGAUGAGUUUGAUAGGCUUUGUGAUUUGACAAAGAUCAAUGGUGUCUCUGAAGAUGCCAUCAAGCUGAGACUCUUUCCUAUGUCUCUAGCUGACAAAGCUCACCAAUGGGAGAAGAGCUUGCCCCAUGGCACAAUCACCACUUGGGAUGAAUGCAAGAAGGCCUUUCUUGCUAAGUUUUUCUCCACCGGUCGCACAGCCAAGCUUAGAGGAGAGAUAUCCAGCUUCAUCCAGCGAAACAAUGAGACAUUCGCAGAGGCUUGGGAGAGGUUCAAAGGGUACACAAGUCAGUGCCCACACCAUGGAUUCAACAAUGAAUCACUACUCUCCACUCUUUAUAGAGGAUGCUUGCCUAGGUAUAGGGAGAUGCUAGACACAGCUAGCAAUGGGAACUUCCUCAACCAGGAUGUAGAUGAUGGCUGGCAACUUGUGGAGAACAUAGCUAACUCAAAUGGAAGCUAUGGAGAAGAGUAUGAUCGCACCAAUCGGAGCUCGACCCACCACUCGAUCGAGUCAGACGAAAAGUUGAGAAAAGAUGUUAAGGCAUUGAAUGAGAAGUUGGAUAAGCUGAUCCUAGCUCAGUCCACAAUGAAGAAAGUCAACUUUGUGUCUGCUGAGGAGAUGGAACCAGUCCAAGAAGGGGAGGAUACACAAUUUGCUGAGGUGUGCUACAUGAGCAAUGGGCAAGGAGGUUACAACAAAGGAUACUAUAAUUACAAGUCCAACCCUGCCAUGUCAUACCGCAACACUGAUGUUGCUAACCCUCAGGACCAAGUAUAUCCUCAACAACAAGCAGCUCGAUCGAGUCAGGUGCCACAACAUGGGUAUGGUCAAAAGAACAAUUACCAAGGACCACAAGGCACUUUCCCUGGACAACAAAUGAAUAUCCCACCAGGCUUCCCCCACCAACCGCCCCAGCCUGCACCUUCACAAGAGAAUGAGCUCAAGGCAAUGCUAAAGCAACUACUUCAAGGGCAAGCUGAUGGGGUAGUGGACACAAGCAAGAAGCUAGCUGAAAUAAACUCUAAGAUCGAGAACCUCAACACAAGGGUUUACUCUCUGGAGAAUCAUGCUUCUUCUGUUGCUGCUGCUACAAAGCAAGGACAACUACCUGGUAAAGCUAUUCAGAACCCCAAGGAACAGUGCAAGGUCAUCUUCACUCAAGAAGGACUUGUUGAAGAAGAGGAUCAAGAAAGGGUCAUUGAAGAUUUUUGUUUACUGCUGAAUGAUGAAGAGAUUGUUGCUGCUGAGGCUCCUGGAGUCCAGAUUGAUCAACCAGAAGUGCAGGCACCUACUGUGGCCAUUCACACUUCACCAGUUGAGCUCGCACACAAGCUCGAUCGGCAGCUCGAUCGAGUCCAACUCUAG